AUGACUACCAAUCGCGGGCGUGAUACCAUUAGCAACCAGACAUUAGAAGAGGUGGAUAGAAGGUUUAACAUUGGGCGCCUAGACGAGUUCUGGCGAAGGGGCGCAUUGUUGAAGUAUGUCAAAUGCGCGCUUCAGUCAUGUUCAGACUCCAAGUUUGGAGGAUGUCCUCAGGAGCUUUGGGCGUUUCAAUGCCAGGCGAUCACUUCAGAGAAUAUCAGGGACCUGGGCAGAAUCAUGGGUGCUGAGUAUUGCGAUAAAGCUGAUCCUGGAAUCGAUUAUGAUAUUGCCGGACCUGGCAUAAUCGUGGCAUAUCUGAUACAAUUCACGAUAGUUCUGCUCUUUGCAUCUUGCUACAAGAUCACAAAGACCUGGACCAGGAACUUCACGUUGAUUUCGCUUCUUCCAUUCCAUGGACCUGCCGGCGCCUUCGAGACGGCCUUACAAUGGCAGGAAAUGGUUUCCAGGAGUAGCUUCGGAGUUACAGUUGCAUCGACUCUUGUCGAUCUUCAAGAAGCUCAAGCUGUGUUUCUCGGUACCAUCUCUAUAGCUGCUAUCGUCACCUUCUCAAGUUCCAGCGGAACGGGACUUGGUAACAUCAGCUCGCUACUCUCCUGGCUGACGAACAACCUCACUGUGAGGGGAAUGACCUCAGCGGGAAUGUACCCCCUACUGUUUGUCCAGCUAAUUCUUCAAAAGACCCACAACCGUUGGUGGUAUACACUUGCUCUUGUGUUUAUCAACUGGGUUCUUGUUAUGCUCAUUGCUCGGCCCCAGACUGUCGAUGAGUCUUCUUUGUUGAAGCACUUUACUGAAUCUUCGUCUCUAGAACGCUGCGGAAACCACAUCGGACCAAGGACGUUCUGUCAGACGUUCAACAAGCCCGCAGCGGGAGGCUCUAGUUCCACUACGGAUGAAAAGUCGGGCUAUCUAGAUCGAGAUGGGGAGAACUUCUUCAAGUUUCACUCCAGGACACAGACGCCCAUCCAUGUAAUCAUGGUAUUCCUGAUACUGGACUGGAUCCUUGCUAUGAUCAGGGUAUACCUCUUUGAGCAGGGUGAUUGGUUAUCUCGCAAGGUCCAUGCUCUGACAGAUAGCUUGCCUUUGCGUCUAAAGUCGUCCAAUUCCCAGAGGUACUUUGUACUCUUCUCAGAAUCUCUCUGGAUCUCGAUGGAGGUCCUUUGUAUCGUCAUGGGCGCAAUCGGCGUACAAGAGUUUGCGGCAUUUAUGCAUCUGCUCAGUGGCGGGGAAUCAGGCAACGAGAGCAAGGUUGCCCUAUCCAAAUGGGGCUUUGGGCAGCUGGUAGCGGUUUGCGUAUGGGUUCCUGUAAUACUCAAGUUUGCUUGUCUUAUGGUUGACGGAGCUCUACCUGGUUGGAGAAAACGGCUGGGCAAGUUUAUCGAGAUUACACAGCGCAAAGAAACCGAUCCAGAUGAAAAUAAUAUUGCUAUGCAACGUUUGCUUCUUCCGUCCAGACCUACCAAGAGGGGCCAGACGGAUGAAGUAGAGGGGCGUACUUUGACGGCGAGGCGAUCUUGGGGUAGAACAUAUGAGUAA